UGGGGGUGGGAGCCAUCUGGUACCCUGGUAGCAUCCGCAGCAGCAUCAGUGAUCGCGGUAGCAAUGGCCAGUCAGUCCCAAGGCAUCCAGCAGCUCCUGCAAGCUGAGAAGCGAGCCGCAGAAAAGGUGGCAGAUGCCCGAAAGAGGAAGGCCCGGCGGCUGAAGCAGGCCAAAGAGGAAGCCCAGAUGGAGGUGGAACAGUACCGCAGGGAGCGAGAGCAGGAAUUCCAGAGCAAGCAGCAGGCGGCCAUGGGCUCCCAGGGGAACCUCUCCGCGGAGGUGGAGCAGGGCACAAGGCGCCAAGUGCAGGGCAUGCAGAGCUCCCAGCAGAGAAACCGGGAGCGGGUCCUGGCCCAGCUUCUUGGCAUGGUCUUCGAAGUCAGGCCCCAGGUCCAUCCCAACUAUCGGAUCACUGCCUAGGGCGCACCCCGGGCUGCACUCCCCCUGCUUGUCCCCUUCCUCACAAAAAGAGAGAGGAAAAAAAGCCCAAGCCCAAAUCACCUGCCCUCAUCAUCCUUGUCUUUCCAUUCCCUGGAAAUUUUGGGCGGCAGGAUCCAAUAAUUCUCCUGUAAUGUGUAAACUAUUCUGCUCAGACCUGAAUCCCCUUGUCCUGUGACCCUCCCUGGAACCUCGUCACCCUCGUAUGACCCGUAGGUGGAACAAGAGCGAGGAGAAGGAGGACUUCGGGGAGCAUCCGGACUUCAGGGCCUUUGGGUUUGGAUUUCCCUCCCACGCUGCACAACGUCCCUCUCAGUGAAACAGAUACUGCUUCCCUUGCUGAGAGGCUGCAGUGAUUAGGAAUCAAUCUGUAAAGAGCCUAGCGUGAUUCCUGGCAUCUAGGAACUGUGAUCCCCCAAUUGACAACCCUGCCAUAGGGCUGUGACUGCCUGCCCGUGUGCCACAUCUAGACACAGCCGUCUCCUUGCUUCUGUCAGUGGAUCUCUGAUGCCAACCGUCCGGUGACUGGUCAUUCUCUCGUCUCCCUUUCCCUUGGCUUUAUGUUCCCUGAAAGAAGGAAUGCUGACCUGAGUUAGCCCCUCUCCUGUGGUUUCAAAAGCCCAUUGAAAUGCAUCAACCCUGCUCUAGUCCUGUUAAGAUUUACGAAACCUCAGAAACACUCUAUCGGGUUGAAAGGAGUCGGGAUCAGAUGGCAGUAGGUUCAUUAAGGAGCCAUGGUAGCAUUGUGGUUUAAGUGUUAGACUGCUAACCAAAAGGUUGAUGGUUCAAUCCCACCAGCUGCCUUGCAAGGGAAAGAUGAAGCUGGUCU